UUAGGGGUCGAUGCCGCCCGCCCUUAUACCGGGGGUCACAGAGUCUGUCCAUGGACCGCUGCACCCUGGCUGCGCUUUCAGCAGUUCUAAAUCUUCGUCCCAGAGAGCCAAACGUAGUUUGAAUAAACUGCCGGCCUCUUCCUAGAGGAGGGGCUAGUGGGGCUUGUCAUGGCUCUGCUUGUGUGGCCUACAAGGUCUAUGUUUCGUUCGCCGAUAAGCGGAUGAAGCCAUGAAGGGCUUUGGUAACUACAAUUUAACAGUAGUGUAGCGCGACUCAUUUAUAGCGAUAAUAGUCGGGGCGGAGAGACAAGUAGCCGCUUCAGGGUCAGUGUGUAAUGCAGUAAAAUGGCCACCGUAUUGUCUCUUCUCAUCAGGAUCGGAGGGGAAAACGUUUGGCUUGGCACCAGCAUGGCAUCAUGUCCUGUGUCAAAGCUACUGGUGGAGAGGAUAACAGAAUAUGAAGUUGAACAACAAGAAUUCCUUGUGCAAAUGUCACCUGACGUAUGAGUGCUCUGCACAGGUAUAAUAUGGAUGUGGAAGAGACCCAUGGAAAUGCGGCGUUCUUAUAUCAAAUUCCAAAUAUUCUCUGUGAUUCUAACUGUAUUAGCAAUCCUGGUAUUAGUUAACAACAUUAGUCAGAUAGAGCAUUUGUAUCAAAGCACAGAUUUAAUACUGAGCCAGGCAGCCCCGGAUCAUUUAGAGCAACCUAAUUCACCAGCAACAAAAGAAUUCUUUUGUGACUACCAGCGCCAAGUUCUUACUAGAUCAGAGCAUGAAGAACAGGAAUCCUUACUUCAGUCUCUUGAAUGGCCAGGACCACCACAUAGGAAAAUAACAUUUUUAAAGAGCAGUGAUGCAGCGCAUAGUUGUUUUGUUAUUUUAAAUUCUCAGAAGACUUUUGCGGUUGGGGAUGUCAUAGAAGUUCUUGUCCGAGUGCAGGAUUUUGAAGGCAGGCCGAAAAAAUAUGGUGGAGAUUACCUUCAAGCAAGGAUUCACACUCCUUCUUUGAAAGCUGGUGCAGUCGGAAAGGUAGUGGACCAUCAAAAUGGAUUCUACACAGUUUUUUUCAUAUUACUUUGGCCUGGCAAUGUCACUGUGUCUGUGGUUUUGGUGCAUCCAAGUGAAGGCAUCCAGGUUCUUCAGCGUUUACGAGAAGAAAAACCUGACCGUGUGUACUUUAAGAGUUUAUUCCGAUCUGGUGGCACUGCAGAAACCAAGAUGUGCAAUGUUUGUUUGUCUAGAAAACUACCUGUAUGCAAUUACACUGAUUUGCAGACUGGGGAGCCAUGGUUUUGUUACAAGCCUGGAAAAUUAUCCUGCUCCAAUCGAAUCAACCAUGCAAAAGGAGGCUAUUUGAAAAAUCUCUUGACAUUUGAAGAAAGUCUUUUAUUUCAAAGUGGUAUAAACAUUAAAGUGCCAAUCUUAGCAAGUGGACCUGACACAGUGGUGGUACACCCACGUAGGAUGAAAGAUAAAGGCUCCAAGUUUGUGCCUUCUGGUUAUUACUACCAUGAUAAUUGGAUAUCAAGCAGAUCUUACAUGCGGCAGUUUAACAAACCUGAAGAUAUCACUAACUGUCUGCAAGGGAAAGUGGUCCACUUGUUUGGAGACUCGACAAUAAGGCAGUGGUUUGAAUAUCUCACAGGGUUUGUACCAGGACUAAGAACCUUUGACCUUGGAAGCCCUAAAAACGUGGGUCCUUUAUUGGCUAUUGAUGUGGAACAUAACAUAAUGCUGAAGUACCGCUGCCAUGGGCCUCCUAUACGUUUCAGCACUGUUUCAAGCCAUGAGCUACGAUAUAUUGCCAAUGAAGUGGAUGGUAUAGUGGGUGGCCAAAAUACUGUUGUUGCCAUAACCAUUUGGUCCCAUUUUAGUACCUUUCCUCUAGUAGUGUACAUAAGGAGAAUGAGAAACAUCCGAGCAGCAGUUCUCCGCUUGUUGGAGCGUAGCCCUGACACAUCUGUAAUUGUUCGAUCUGCCAAUGUCCAGGAGCUUGGUCCUGAAGUCAGCCUGUUCAACAGUGAUUGGUUCUCACUGCAGCUGGACAUGGUUAUGAGAUCUAUGUUUGCAGGUCUCAAUGUGCUAGUUCUAGAUGCCUGGGAGAUAUCUCUGGCACAUUAUCUACCACAUGCAUUACACCCUAAGCCAAUUAUUGUAAAGAAUCAGAUAGAUGAGUUCCUGUCAUUUGUAUGCCCAAACUGACUACUCUGAAAAGCACUGAAAGCAUAAGUUGUUAUAUUCAGUAUGUUUCAUACGUUUUAAAGGAGCUGUAACUAAAGUGAAG